AUGUCAGCCAGAAAGGGCUAUCUUCAUCCACCGUCAAAUUAUACCACAGCGAUGUCAUGCCCCAACAACCAAGCUGGAAAUUCCUUUUUUGUGGACUCCUUAAUCAACGUGAGAACCGACAGCGGUUCGUAUUACCAAAGUAACAGCGUGUAUUUGCCACCGGCGUCGGAAUAUUCAUAUGGACUCUCCGGUGGCUCUUGUUUCACGGGGAUCGGUAAGCGCAACGAGCCAACGACCCAAAGCGUGAUCCCCUCUGCUGCUUCGUAUGUUCAAGGAAUGGAAACGUGGCUGGAAACGUCGAGAUCCUGUCGGGUGGAUCAGCCCAGCGGCCAGCAUAUGGCUCAGUGUUCAUUCUCGCCGAGUAUAAAAGAGGAGAGCGCUUACUGCCUUUAUGAGUCUGAUAAAUGUCCUAAAGGAGCGACAGUAGAUGACAUAUCCUACUCGAGCGCAUCCUGCCCGGGUAGCGGCAACACGGUGCCAGUCCCCGGCUACUUCCGCCUGUCUCAGACAUACACGUCCUCCAGGCUCUAUCACGAUGUCCAGCCAAACAUGAAUCACUUCACUCUGCAACGACCUGCCCGUUUGGACAGCCAAGCCUCCCAGCCGCCGGCUGCCUCUGCGGAGUCGGAGCAUGGAGAGGGCCACGAGGAGGCGCCUGUCCCUGCGCCCUGCGCCCCGUCCAGAGGAGAGGACAGCCGCCUCUCCUCGGAAGGCUCGUCCUCUCCCGAACCAACUGAGACAUGCAGUACGGAGUGUCCAGAAAAGCUCGUAAAAGGGGAUGGGAAGAUGGAAAGUACGGCUAAUUGGCUCACAGCUAAGAGUGGUCGAAAGAAGCGUUGCCCCUACACCAAGCACCAGACUCUGGAGCUGGAGAAGGAGUUUCUCUUCAACAUGUACUUGACUAGAGAGCGCCGUCUGGAGAUCAGCCGUAGCGUGCACCUCACUGACAGGCAAGUCAAAAUCUGGUUCCAAAACAGGAGGAUGAAACUGAAAAAAAUGAGCCGGGAAAACAGGAUCCGAGAGCUCUCCAGCAGCUUCAGUUUCUCAUGA